AUGGCUCCAGAUUUCGAAACUCCUCGACUAGUUCGAAGACUCGAUUGGUUUCAAGAUGACUCACUUGUUGCCAGUUAUCAACAGGAUAUACUUGCCGAUUCGUCUCGUCAAUGGUGGGUAGCUGAUGGACGUUACCAACUGAUUCGCCCAUUUUAUACUCUUCGUGUAUCUCCAGUAACUCCAGAAGAUUCUGGAACUUAUCGAUGUCGCAUUGAGACUGAUCCAUUAUUCUCAUCUCCACAGAGCACAGCAACUCAAGAACUUGCAGUAAUGGUUCGACCAGUUGCUCCAUCGUCUCCUGAAAUCAAAUCCUUCACAAAUCGUUCGAUUACUCUUGUUUGGACUCACAAUGCAGCCAGAGCUCAUCGUCCGAUUCUUCGGUUUUCAGUCUCAGUUCGAACUGUGUCAGACAAUACGAGAUUUGUGAUGGCUGCUCCAUCGAAUGCGACUACUGUAAUUGUUGAUAAUCUAUCUCCGUAUACUCUCUAUGCAUUCUCAGUUCGUGCUGAAAAUUCAGCUGGAACAAGUGAUUUCGGCCCAGAAACAACGUUUCGAACACUUGGAGAACCACCGAUUCGACCUCCACAAAUUCAAAAAAUCAGAAAUAUAACAUCAGAAUGCGUUGAAGUGACUGUAACUCCACCAGAUGAAAUGAACGGAGAACUGGAUAAAUAUCUGGUUUUAAUUCAAGCAAUCAACGAAACAAUUCCAAGAAAAAUGACUUUCGAUAAGCCGACAUCAACUCCAUUGACGAUUUGUGCAUUGAUUCCAUCGACUGAAUAUGCGUUGGCAAUUGAAGCAGAUAAUGGAUUUGGAACAAGUCCACAAGCAACUUUAGUCUUUCAUACAGAAGAUUCUGUUCCAAAUUGGUCUCCGAGUACAAUUACUACGUUGCCAGUUGUCGGGAAACCAGAGAUUACUGUACUUUGGCCAGCUCCAUUACCAAAUGCAACAGAGAAAGUGACUAAAUAUCAUUUAUAUUACAAGGCAAAUAAUGAAGAUCAAUGGAAGAUUGAACAUUUAAAUGUGAAUCCAAAUGGUGUCAAGUCGAAAUUAUUCAAGUAUCGACUCGUAGAUCUCAAUCCAAAUACGCUCUACCGUAUUCGUGUAUCUGCUUCAACUUCAAAAGGAGAAGGUGCUCAAAGUGCAGAUAGUCUUGCUCAAACAGAUGUCGGGGAACCUGGAACUGUCACUUUCAAAGAAUUAAAUUUUGAUUGUAAAAAUGGAGUCAAAUUGAGUUGGAAUUAUGAACCAAGUAUCAAUUCGAAGAAAUCUCCAACAUUCACUGUUAAAGUGACGAAUCAAACGACAACUCUGCAAUUUAAUACGACAAAACAAAGUCUAGAUAUUAUAGAUCUGUCACUUUAUGACGAGUACUCUCUUCGAAUAAUUGUUCUGGAGAGAAGUACAAUUGAUAAUUCAACUAUACUAAUUGGCAAAUACAGUGAUAGUCAUCGAUUCUUACUCAAAGACAAAUGUUCUUACCAAAGUUCGUUUUGCUCUCCGGGUGAAAAGUGUGCAAAACUGACGUCAUCUGCUGCAAAUCCACGUUACAUUUCUGUUCUGAUCGUCAUUUUUGCCAUCAUAAUCUUUGCUUUCAUCUGUUUUGUGAUUGUUCACUUUGCACGGGGAUCCAUGAAUUUCAAACAUCUUCUAAAAAAGAAAGAGAAAUGUGUUUAUUUGGAAGAAAUCAGUCCACUGGUAUACGAUUCUGCCGGCCAAGAAGAUAUUCCAGUUGAACUUUUCUACGGAUAUGUUGAGGAUCUCAAUCGAAACGAUGCAUUCAAAUUCAAGGCUCAAUUCCAAAUUCUUGAAAAUCAAACAUCUGGAAUUGAUUCAACGGAUUCUGGAGAAUCGACGUCAUCUGCAGAUGAGAAUACUCAAAAGAACAGAUAUAACAACAUCGGCGCAAUGGAAGCAACGAGAAUUCGAUUGAAUUCUCCAACUGGAAACGAUUAUAUCAACGCCAAUUAUGUUGAUUCCUGUAAUGAACGGAACGCCUACAUUGCCACACAAGCACCUCUACCAUCAACAUUCUCUGAUUUCUGGAGUAUGAUUUGGCAGGAAAGGAGUAAUGUUAUCGUCUGCAUUACCAAUAUGGUUGAAGAUGGAAAGAGAAAAUGUGAUCAGUACUGGCCAUCAACUCAAGAUUCUCCCCAGACUUUUGGAAACUAUCAAGUCACUUUGAUAUCUGAAUCAACGAAUUCUCACUUCUCUCAUCGCAUUUUGGAUCUGAAAAUUGCGAAAUCAGUUCCAGCGGCAGAGAGAAAAAUACAUCAGUUACAUUUUAUGGGUUGGCCAGAUCACGGAGUUCCUUCUUCGGUUUUUCCACUUUUGAAUUUCAUUCAUUAUGCAUCGGAUAUUCAUUCAACUGGACCUGUGGUAGUGCAUUGCAGUGCUGGAGUUGGUCGUUCAGGAUCUUACAUACUCGUAGAUAGUAUGCGGAGACAUUUGAUUAGUUUCCGUCGAUUGAAUGUACAAGGACAUUUGACACAUAUGAGGAGACAACGGGCGAAAUUAGUCCAAACUUUGGAGCAAUACAUAUUCUGCCACGAAGCAAUUCGGCAGUUGAUACGACAUGGUAUUACACGAGUACAUUCAGAUCUUUUCAUGAGAUAUUUGCAUUACUUAUCUGAGGAAAAUUUGAAUGGAAAGACGAGAAUGCAGUUGCAGUAUGAGGAUGUGUGUGAAUGCAAACAUCAUCCACGUUGCCAAAUAGAUUCUGACGUGAUAACUCUUCCCGGUUAUCAUCGAUCCGAUGAAUUUAUGGUUGGAUCGUGGAGUCAUGAAUGCGAAGAACUUUGGAGAUUAAUAUGGAAACGAAAAGUUCAAACAAUAGUUGUGUUGAAUCAACGUGAUUCAUUUUGGAGAAAACUGCAUUUAUGUGAUUUCGAUGGGCCAAUUCAAAUCCAACACGGCGACAAUUUUGUAUUACUUCAAAAAGACGAUCAACAGCUCUGCGUACGGAUAGUAAAUGUUGCGAGAGCUGAUUUGGAUGCAGACUUUUGGAGAGAAAUAGAAAAUGUUCAAAAACAAAGAAUCACUUAUCACGAGGCUCCAUUGCUCAUUUUAGCUCAUAAAUAUCCUCCGAAUGCUUCUUCUCCAACUGAUAGUACAUCGACUUUAUCACUCUCAAUGUUAUUUAAUGAUGAUACAUCACUUGCAUUCAGUAUUUGUGCAGCAACAACAUUAGCGUGUCAAUUGGAAACUACGGGUUGUGUUGACGUGGUACAGGUUCUCUCCUCUUAUACUGAAAUUCAAUGUGGCAUUUUUUCCUCGAAGCAAGAAAUUGAGAUAAUCUACGAGAAAAUCUCUCAAUUGGUAGGAGGAACACGUGUCUGA